AUACAUUUCGAAGACCGAUACCAUAAACCAUCCAUUGAAAAUUCCAAAAGUUAAUUCGAAAUUGACAACGUCUGCUAAAACAAACUCUAAAUAUUUUUGGGGGUCAUAUCGAGCAAAUCUUUAUUUUGGAUUAAAAACACGUUCGCCUAGAUCUCCGGUCGUAGGUCUGAUGUGGAUGAAACAAUUUCCAGAUUCAAGAAAACAGGGGUCUAAUAAAUUACGUCACUGGUGCAAGGAAGAUGAUGAGUUGGUAAAAUAUGGAUGGCUGAGACAUGACGGUUCUAGUUUUGGCAUCCAUGAGGUGGAGGAGGAAGAAUUCAUAUUCAACACAACUUUUGUGAAACGUCAAGUUGGACAUCAUGGUUGGGAGUGGUCUGCAAGAAUAACAGCUUUUUCAACGAACCAAAAUAAUGCUCCUGUGGUAUCAUUUUUUACAUACGCUGCGCUGGAUAAACAAGGAAACCUGUCUUACUUUAAAAAUAAUGGUAAAUCAGCAAUUGUUGGUAGCAGUGAAGAACUUGGAGACUUUCAUAUUUCUUUCAAAACAUCAACCGAUUCCCGAAUAAUAGUGCAUGAUUCUUUUGAAGGUCAUGUAUCUGGAUUGGAUGUUUUAGAUAAGACUCUUUCAGAACAUUUUGUACCUAAACCUUUAGUUGAAAAUAAGGAAUACAUGUCACUUAACGGGACUAAAGAGACGGAUCGUGGAAUAAAUUUUGUUGUUCACCAAAUAACAGCCCAGUUACCACUUAAGUUUGAUAUUAUUUUAAAAUCAAAUAGUGUUCGUUCAGAAAAUAUUCUUCAAGGUGAAAUACUAACUAGAGAGAUAGAAAAACGUUCUGGAGAAUUUGACAAAAAGUUUUCUUCUGUUUUUAAUUUGGAAUCGAAAAAAUACACACUAAAAGCCAUCAACUUUGCAAAAGCAGCACUGAGUAAUAUGCUUGGGAGCAUAAGCUACUUCCAUGGUUCAUCUCGAGUACAAUCUGAAAAGAGCGAAGAAGUUUUAAAGCAUAGGCAAGCUACACUAUAUACGUCUAUACCAUCUAGAUCAAAAUUCCCAAGAGGGUUUCUUUGGAAUGUAGGGUUUGAUCUUCAUUUAAUAACUCUUUGGGAUGCAAAAAUAUCAAAAGAUAUCAUUGCACAUUGGUUAAACUUGAUAAAUGAAGAAGGAUGGAUACCCAGAGAACAGAUACUUGGAGAGGAAGCAGAAGCUAAGGUUCCAUCUGAAUUUAUUGUGCAAAGAAACAACAUUGCAAACCCACCUUCUCUUUUUCUAGCCAUUCAACAUCUUAUUAAAAACAAACAAAAUGUCAAGGUUUUCUUGGAGAUUUUUUUUCCAAAAAUGGAAAAAUGGUUCGAAUGGUUACAAGUAAGUCAAGCUGGAAAAAUACAUACUUCAUUUUAUUGGAGGGGAAGGAAAGGCUUCGCGGAAAUGGAAUUUAUUCCAUACACCUAUGCUUCUGGGUUAGAUGAUUACCCCCGUGCGUCCCAUCCUGACGAAAAUGAGCGUCACCUUGACCUUCGUUGUUGGAUGGCGAUGGCUUCGGGAGUAUUAGCGAACAUUGCAAAAAGGAUUGGAGAGGACUCAAGCGCAUACGAGAAAAUUUAUGAAGAUCUUACUGAUAACGAAUUGUUAGACAGAUUACAUUGGGACUCUAAACAAAAAAUUUUCAGUGAUUAUGGAUUGCAUGCUAAUGACAUCGACAUAUACAGUGAUGAUGGAGUGCUUAUUGAUAACAUAGACAUGUUCAGUCCCACCAGUAAGUUCUAUUAUGUUCAUGCACAUCCAACAUUUAGAUAUACUGGGAUAUUUGGAUACGUUAGCUUAUAUCCUUUGAUGCUAAAAAUUCUUGAUUCAGAUUCUCCUCGAUUGGAAAAAAUGCUGUCAGACCUGAGAAAAGAAGAUUUGUUAUGGACAAAAUAUGGGAUACGGUCAUUAUCUAUAAAGUCAGAAUUUUACAACAAACCAAAUACGUUCACCGACCCUCCGCACUGGAGAGGAGCAAUAUGGAUAAAUAUGAACUACCUAAUUAUCAGUGGACUUCACCACUACUCUCAAGUUCCUGGUCCUUAUCAAAAUCAAGCAAGUAAUAUUUAUACAGAGCUAAGAAAAAAUGUUGUUCAGAACAUUUUCAAACAGUACAAUAAAAGAGGUUAUGUAUUUGAACAAUAUGAUGACAUUACUGGAAUAGGCAAGGGGAGCUACCCUUUUACUGGAUGGUCUGCUCUUGUUGUGAACAUAAUGGCAGAAAAAUACUAAGCUUCUAAGAACAGCAAGGUAAAGAAUAGUAAUAACAUAAAUAUAACGCAACUGAAAACUUAUUGUGAAUUCCUCUUUUCAAUGAAAAUGCAGAAAACCAUUUAAAAUGUGACGAUU